UCCUGGUAAUUCAGUGUUUCUAGGAAAGCGUGUCUUUCCACCCCCCGCCCUGAGAUUUACUGACAUGUGAACACGUAUGACUGGCACGAUUUAAGAACCACUCACCUGCUGGCCAUCUCUCCAGGUCUGCAGCCAGAGAAAAUGAUCUGAAAUUGUAGCAGGAGAAAUUGAGGUAGGAUACUAAGAAAGCUUUUCAGGAGUGGGGCUAGGCAAGAGGUGCAGCAUGAGGGAAUGAGAGUGAAUCCCCAGUAUCUAAGGGAAGUGGCAAGUGGUGGGGGACUUCCUUCUUUGGGUCAUCUUUGGUGGUGAUUUGACAGGAAGGAACAAAGUGGCUUCAAACAUAUAAGUUUCUGGUCUGUUCUGUGUCCUGUUUUCUUUCUCAUUCUUUCAGUGUGGAAUCUAUAUGACCCUGGGAGGGAUGCUGGUUGGGAGAAUGACCAGCUGAUGGAGAUGCUGCUGUAAUGAUUGGUGUUAAUAAUGGGCAGCAGUGAGCCACCUGGUGUGACAGUGUAGGAGAAAACAGUCCAAACUCCCGCCAAACUCUCUCUACUGAUGGCAAAUCAGCGGAGACUCACAUUGUAAACUUAUCGUGGUCUGGCUUUUGGCUAUGAUAGUGACACCUUGCCCUUUUAAUUUGGGCCCGUAAAAAUAUUCAUUGAAAGCUCUCAAGAGGAAAACAGAAUUGGUUAUUGAAUCACUUGCUUCCUCUAGGUGUAUGAAAAAUAAUUUCAAGUUUAAUAAAUACAAGGAAACCACAGGGUCCAUGUCAAAGCUGAUGAGCUAUUUCUGAAACUCGUGCAGAAUUGUGGUUUGUGUGGUCCAUGUCACGGCACCCUUGAUGGAGAGCGGGCAGUUGCCUGAACUUGGAGGCUGUGUCCUGUCCUCCAGGCUGCUACAGGGCUGCCUCCUUCCGGCUGGGCCUUCUUAUCUGGGACUGUUGAGGGCGACAGGCCUUCCGAAGACCAGAGAAGAAGGAGGCCCUGUAGACAGGAGGCUGACAGGGUAGGAAUAAGGCCAUGAUACCUUUGCAUAAGGACAACCAGGAGGAGGGUGUCUGCCCCAUCUGCCAGGAGAGCCUGAAGGAGGCCGUGAGCACCAACUGCGGACAUCUCUUCUGUCGAGUGUGCCUGACACAGCACGUGGAGAAGGCCUCAGCCUCCGGGGUCUUCUGCUGCCCCCUCUGCCGGAAGCCCUGUUCUGAGGAGGUGCUGGGGACAGGCUAUAUCUGCCCCAACCACCAGAAGAGGGUGUGCAGAUUCUGUGAGGAGAGCAGACUUCUUCUAUGUGUGGAAUGCCUGGUGUCCCCUGAACACGUGUCUCAUCAUGAACUGACCAUAGAAAAUGCCCUCAGCCACUAUAAGGAACGACUCAACCGCCGCAGCAGGAAGCUCAGAAAGGACAUUGUGGAACUUCAGCGACUCAAGGCUCAGGAGGGAAAGAAACUGCAGGCUCUGCAGUUUCAGGUAGACCAUGGGAACCACAGGCUGGAGGCUGGGCUGGAGAGCCAGCACCAAACCAGGGAACAGCUGGAUGCCCUCCCUCAGCAGUGGCUGGGCCAGCUGGAGCACAUGCCAGCAGAAGUGGCCAGAAUCCUUGACAUCUCCAGGGCAGUAACACAGCUCAGCAGCCUGGUCAUUGAUCUGGAGAGGACGGCCAAGGAAUUAGACACCAACACACUGAAGAAUGCUGGUGACUUACUGAACAGGAGCGCUCCACAGAAAUUAGAGAUUAUUUAUCCCCAGUUGGAGAAAAGAGUCAAUGAAUUGCUUCUUCAGCCAUCCUCAGAAGCUCUGACCUGUUCAUCCCUGGGACACCUCACUUCAGGCUCACCUCAGCCUCCUCUCUCUCCUUUCUCCAACCUGUCCAGGCCCCCAUUAGAUCUACCCAGUACAUCUUCGGGCUUGCCAGCUCCUGAACAUGUCCCCAUUUCUUCAUGCCCACUGUCAUCACCUGAUGCCUGACCCUCUGACUCUUGGACAACGGUCAGCCCCCUUCUAGGACAGGCUCAUGCUUGGGGCUGCCACUGUGGAGGUCAGGUCCCAUGGUCUCCAGGACCAUUUGUGAAAUCUCCAUUUUGCCUGUGAACUGACAGUAGUGCCCAUCUCUCAUAAUCUCAUUAAAAUAGAAUCCUCCAGGCCUCUGAAUGGCCUGAGCUCAUCAGCAGUGAUGCCACCUCACAUAUGGAGCCCAACUGAGCUCCUGCAAUACUUGUUGUCUGCACCAAUCACCUGGCACUUAUUUAUUAUUGUUGUGGAAGACAGACUCAAAGACAACCUCCCUUCGUGAUCCUCACCUCUUAGAAUUAAUGCCCUUGUUCGGUCCCCUCCCCUUGAGUGUAAGUGGGAUCUGUGACUCACUUCAAAUCAAUAGAAUAAGGCAAAAGUGAUAGGGUGUCACUCUGGCAACUGUGUUGCAUUGUAUAGAACUUCUCCUUGCUGGCCUGCCCAUUUAGAGCCCCUCCUAGGAGCCAAGAGCAGUCUCCAGCCUCCAGCCAACAAGCAGAGGCCCUCAGUCUUGUGGCUGCAAGAACCUGAAUUCUGCCAACAACCUGAGUGAGCUUGGAAGCUGAUUCUUCCCCAGCUGAGCCGGUUGAGAACCCAGUCCAGCCAACACCUUGAUUAUAGUCUUGUGAGUACCUAAGCUGAGGACCCAGUGAAGCUGUGCCAAAAUUUCUCACCCACAGAAACGGUGAGACAAAAUAUGUGUGUGUGUUUUUGUUUU